AUGUCUUCGGACACAGCUAGCGAAGACAAGUCUUUGCACGAAGAUGAUCAGCAUGAAGAUGAUCAGCCAAUCUACGAACCCAUCAAUCACAUUGAACAGAGUGAGGUCGAAACCCUUACUCGUAUUGCGACCCAACAAUCUCGUCGACAAUCUACCAUUGCUCAUCGCCUCGCCUCAGUCGCCAAGUAUGACGAGUCCUUGAACCCCCAAUCCGCCACAUUCGAUCUGGGAAAAUGGCUGAGGGCUGCUAUGAACGAUGUCGCUCGCGACGGUCCUCGAGGUCAGACCAUGGGCAUUGUCUUCAAGAACUUGAAUAUCUACGGAUCCGGAGCUGCUCUACAAUUUCAGGAGACUGUCUCGGGCCUCCUGACUGGACCCCUUCGGCUGCCUCAGAUGAUCCGAGAGUCUCACUCCCCUCGCAGGCGUAUCCUCAAGGACUUCAACGGGCUUCUGAAGAAGUCUGAGCUGCUCUUGGUUUUAGGACGACCCGGUGCUGGCUGCAGUACUUUCCUCAAGUCCCUCUGUGGAGAGCUCCAUGGCUUGGAUCUUGAUAAAGAAAGCGUCAUUCAUUACAAUGGUAUCACCCAGGAGCGGAUGACAAAGGAAUUCAAGGGCGAAUUGGUAUACAACCAAGAGGUCGACCGACACUUCCCUCAUCUCACGGUCGGUCAAACCUUGGAAUUUGCCGCAGCUACUCGUACUCCUUCCCAUCGAUUCGAGGGCAUGUCUCGCUCGGAAUUCGCCAAGUACAUGGCUCAAGUCGUUAUGGCUGUCUUCGGAUUGAGCCACACCUAUAACACUCGAGUGGGUGAUGAUUUUAUCCGUGGAGUCUCUGGUGGUGAGAGGAAGCGAGUCAGUAUCGCUGAGAUGGCACUUGCGGCUUCACCCUUGGCUGCCUGGGACAAUUCCACCCGAGGACUGGAUUCUGCUACCGCGUUGAAAUUCGUGGAGAGCCUCCGUUUGCUGUCUGAUCUUACCGGCUCUGCUCAUGCCGUCGCAGCUUACCAAGCCAGUCAAAGCAUCUAUGAUGUCUUUGAUAAGGUUGUAGUCCUCUACGAAGGACGGCAAGUCUUCUAUGGCCCUGCUUCCAGAGCCAAAGCCUAUUUCGAGGAGCAAGGCUGGGAUUGCCCUCCACGACAAACCACUGGAGAUUUCCUGACGUCCAUUACCAACCCCCAGGAACGUCGAGCCAAGGCCGGCUUCGAGGGUCGUGUUCCACGCACACCCGAAGAUUUCGAGAAUGCAUGGCUUCAAUCCGCCGAUUAUCAACAGCUACAGCGCGAGAUCGCAGCAUAUGAAGAGCAGUACCCGAUCGGCAACGACCAACGAGCCGCUAUUGAGUUCCAAGAGAAGAAGCGUGACAAGCAGGCAAAUCAUACUCGUCCAAAGUCCCCAUACAUCCUAAGUGUCCCAAUGCAGAUCAAGCUUAAUACGGUCCGUGCCUAUCAGCGUCUAUGGAAUGAUGCCGCGUCGACAGUCUCGACUAUUGUCAGCAACAUCAUCAUGGCUCUGAUUAUUGGCUCCGUAUUCUACGAUUCACCCAACACCACUUCCGGCUUCUCGUCCAAAGGUGCCACCCUCUUCUUCGCGGUCUUGCUUAAUGCCCUCACGGCAAUGAGUGAAAUCAACAGUCUCUAUGCUCAACGUCCGAUUAUCGAAAAACACAAUUCCUACGCAUUCUACCACCCAGCGACCGAGGCCAUAGCAGGCGUGGUUGCCGAUAUACCGGUCAAAUUUUCUUUGGCGGUCGUGUUCAACAUUAUCCUUUACUUCAUGGCUGGUCUACGACGUGAGCCAGGGAACUUCUUCCUCUACUUCUUGGUCACAUUCCUCAUCACAUUCGUGAUGAGUGCUGUGUUCCGCACAUUGGCCGCCGUGACGAAGACUGUGUCUCAGGCAAUGGGUCUAGCUGGUGUUAUGAUCCUCGCGCUUGUUGUGUAUACUGGCUUCGUGUUACCCGUUCCGUCCAUGCAUCCCUGGUUCGAGUGGAUCCACUACCUGAACCCGAUCUACUACGCCUUCGAAAUCCUGAUCGCUAACGAGUUCCACGGAAGAGACUUUGCUUGCUCGCAAUUUGUGCCUAGCUACGCCGAUCUGUCAGGCAAUUCAUUCGCCUGCUCUGCCUCUGGCUCUAUCGCGGGUGAAACCACCGUCAAUGGCGAUCGAUACAUCUUGCUCAAUUACAAGUACAGCUAUAGCCAUGUGUGGCGAAAUCUUGGCAUUCUCUUCGCAUUCCUCGUCGGCUUCAUGAUCAUCUAUUUCGUUGCGUGCGAGCUGAACUCUUCGACCACCAGCACCGCAGAGGCUUUGGUAUUCCGCCGCGGUCAUGAGCCUGCACACAUGCGCCGUGGUAAUGGCAAGUCCGAAUCAGAUGUUGAGAGCGCCGAAACGGUGGCCGUGAGACAAUCUUCUGCCGAAGAGGAGAAUGGAAAGGGAAUGGCUGCCAUUCAGCCUCAGACUGAUAUCUUCACCUGGCGCGAUGUGUGCUACGAUAUUAAAAUCAAGGGUGAACCCCGUCGUCUUUUGGAUCAUGUUUCUGGAUGGGUCAAGCCUGGUACCCUCACGGCCCUGAUGGGUGUUAGUGGAGCCGGAAAGACUACCCUUCUCGACGUGCUGGCACACAGAACUUCCGUCGGUGUGGUAACCGGUGAUAUGUUUGUCAAUGGCAAGAGUCUCGAUGCUAGUUUCCAGCGAAAGACAGGCUAUGUGCAGCAGCAGGAUUUGCAUCUCGAGACCGCUACCGUACGUGAGUCUCUGCGUUUCAGCGCACUUUUGCGCCAGCCUGCAAGUGUUUCGAUCCAGGAGAAAUACGACUAUGUCGAGGAUGUGAUUGGCAUGCUCAAUAUGGAAUCUUUCGCUGAGGCUAUCGUCGGUGUUCCCGGUGAAGGUCUGAAUGUCGAGCAAAGAAAGUUGCUCACCAUCGGUGUUGAGCUGGCGGCGAAGCCCAAGCUUCUUUUGUUCCUAGAUGAACCUACCAGUGGUCUUGAUUCUCAGAGUUCCUGGGCUAUCUGCUCGUUCCUCCGCAAGCUCGCCGAGCACGGUCAGGCUGUACUCUGUACCGUCCACCAGCCAAGUGCCAUCCUUUUCCAGCAAUUCGAUCAGCUCCUUUUCCUAGCUCGAGGCGGCAAGACUGUCUACUUCGGACCGAUCGGAGAACAGUCACGAACUCUCCUCGACUACUUCGAAUCUCAUGGCGCUCGCAAGUGUGGUGACAGUGAGAACCCUGCCGAAUUCAUGUUGGAUGUUGUGAACGCCCGCACCAACCCCCAGGGAGAAGAUUGGUUCGAUGUGUGGAAGCAGAGCCAGGAAAGCCAAAUGGUCCAGGCCGAGAUUGACCGCAUCCACAAGGAGAAGGAAGGCCAGAGCUCUGAUUCUGAAGAUCUAUCUGCCGCCACCUCCGAAUUUGCUAUGCCUUUCUGGUUCCAGCUCUAUCAGGUCACCUAUCGCGUGUUCCAGCAGUACUGGCGUAUGCCCUCGUACAUUAUCUCCAAAUGGGGCCUCGGUAUCGCCGCGGGUCUUUUCAUCGGGUUCUCCUUCUACCAAGCGAAGACGUCACUACAGGGAAUGCAGACCAUCAUCUACUCAGUCUUCAUGCUCUGCACGAUUUUCACUUCCCUUGUUCAACAGUUGAUGCCUCUCUUCGUCACACAACGCUCUCUAUACGAAGUUCGCGAGCGGCCUUCAAAGGCUUACAGCUGGAAGGCCUUCUUGAUCGCCAACGUCAUCGUCGAGAUCCCCUACAUGAUCGUGACCGGUAUUCUCAUCUACGCCUGUUACUUCUACGCAGUUGUCGGUAUUCCUAGCUCCGUCAGCCAGGUGACCGUUCUUCUGCUUUGCAUCCAAUUCUUCAUCUACGCCGGUACAUUCGCUCAGAUGGUUAUCGCCGCUCUUCCCGACGCCGAAACCGCCAGCGCAGUUGUUGUCCUUCUUUUCGCCAUGUCUCUCACUUUCUGCGGUGUGAUGCAACCCCCAUCCGCCCUGCCCGGAUUCUGGAUCUUCAUGUACCGCGUCUCCCCCUUCACGUACUGGACCGGUGCGAUGGUCUCGACCCAAGUCCACAAUCGUGAAGUCGUCUGCUCUUCAGCCGAGCUUUCCGUUUUCGAUCCCCCCUCGGGCCAAACCUGUGGACAGUAUCUUGGUGAAUACGUCAAGCUUGCAGGUGGUCAGUUGCUUGACUGGAAUGCCACUUCGGAUUGCAGCUAUUGCGCUGUCCAGAAGGCGGACCAGUACAUUGCGCUGUCUCAAAUCUACUAUUCUGAAAGAUGGCGCAACUUUGGUAUUGUCUGGGCCUUUAUCGUUUUCAACAUCUUCAUUGCCACUUUGACUUAUUACCUGUUCCGAGUGAAGCGCUGGGAUCUCGAGAGCAUCAAGCAGAAGCUUCUUCCCUCGAGAUUUACCAAGUCGAAGGAGUAA